ACAGGGAGAGGUGACAGGGAGAGAGAGUGGGGAGAGAGAGUGGGGAGAGGUGACAGGGAGAGGUGACAGGGAGAGCGUGAAGUUCAGAGAGAGAGGAAAAGGGGAGCGAGAGGAAGAGAGAGGGAAGACAAGGGAGUCUGCAGCCACGGGUGGCUGUGUGGAGGAGUGGCUGUGUGGAGGAGUGACUGUGUGGAGGAGUGGUUGUGUGGAGGAGUGACUGUGUGGAGUGAAGGGAGAGGCAGGGAGGAGAGGGAGGAGAGAGGGAGUAGAGAGGGAGGAUGUCUCUCCGCGAGGAGCUGCUCAAGUCCAUCUGGCACGCGUUCACUGCGCUGGACGCGGACAAAAGCGGGAAGGUGUCCAAGUCUCAGCUCAAGGUGUUGUCCUACAACCUGUGCACGGUGCUCAACGUGAGCCACGACCCCGUGGCGCUGGAGGCUCACUUCCGCGAUGACGACUCGGGCCCUGUGUCCAGCCAGGGCUACAUGCCCUACCUCAACACCUACAUCCUCGACAAGGUGCAGAAGGGCGGCUAUGACAAGUGCCAGUUCGACGAGGUGUGCUGGAUGAUCGCGGCAAAGAAGAACUUCUUGCGCAACCGUGCCGACGCCGCCAUCAUCAGCCACAACGACGCCUUCAAGCUCUGGAGGAUCUUCAACUUCCUGUCGGAGGAUACGUAUCCACUCAUCAUGGUGCCCGAGGAGGUGGAGUUCCUGCUGCGCAAGCUCGUGGCGGCGAUGGGGGGCGACUGGCAGUCGGCCGAGACUCCGGAGCUGCGCAUGCUGCUGGGCGGCAGCAAGCGCAGCAGCUCGGCGGAGGAGCGGGGAGGAGGCGGCGUCUCCGUGUGGGAGCUGCUCUCCUUCCUGGACGCCCAGCCGCUCACGCCCGGCCUCGAGCCGCGCGCCGUCUCCUUCGCCAUCGACGACGUCCACGAGGAGUUCCUCCUCGACGUCAUGAAGAAGGGCAGCCUCAGCAAAAAGGGCCACCGGCGUAAGAAUUGGACGGAGCGAUGGUUCGUGCUGCGGCCGGGCACCAUGUCAUACUACAUGAGCGAGCACCAAAAGGAGAAGAAGGGAGACAUCGUGCUGGAGAGGCCCUGCUCUGUAUCGUCGAUCGUAGACAAAGACGGCAGGAAGUGCUUGUUCAUGAUCAAGGGCUUGGAGAAGAGCUUCGAGAUCAGCGCGUCCGACCCUCGGCAGAAGCAGGAGUGGAUCACGGCCCUGCAGGCGUCCAUCCGCCUGCGCGACGAGGGCAAGUGCUCGCCGCACGCCGAGCUGCGCCAGCGGCGGCGCGAGGAGCGGGGGCGGCGGCGCGAGGAGCAGGCGGAGCUGGCGCGGCGCAUGACGGAGCUGCAGGCGGCGCGCGACACCCAGAACCGGGAGCUGCAGCAGCUGGCGCAGGCCCAUCGCGAGGCGGAGGCGCGAGCCGUCCUGGAGGAGCAGCUACGUCUGCAGAGCCAAGUGGAGCUGCAGAAGCGCUAUGAGUUCGAGCUGCUCAAGGAGAAGCAGGUGAUCGCGGGCAUGGAGGCGGAGAUGGCGGUGCGGGCGCUCGAGGCGGAGAUGCAGCAGCGGCGGAUCCACGAGCUGGAGGAGAUGCACACGCAGCUGCGCGUCGCGCUGGAGGCGGAGCGCCGCAGCAAGCGCGACGAGGAGGCGGCGCGCGAACUGCAGGCGCGGCUGCUGCAGGAGGAGGCGGCGAAGCGUCACGAGCUGGAGCGGCUGCGCCAGCAGCAGGAGCUGGAGAUGGAGGUGACGCGGCAGGAGAAGGCCGUGCUGGAGAUGGAGCGUGCCGAGCGCGACGUCGCGCUGCGCGAGGCCGGGCAGCAGCUCGAGCAGCUGGAGCAGGAGCGGCAGCAGGCGCAGCUCAAGUACCAGGAGGCUUCGGAGCGGCUUGCGUCGGCGAGCACGCGCACCCAGAGCUGGCGCGAGCGCGUCAAGGAGUGCGAGUCCCUGCUGCGACCCAUCAGGCCAGGCGACCGGCCGGCAGCCAUUGUCUCCCACCGCGGCCAGGGGGCCUUCACCAAGGAAGAGUUCAACAUCUACCGCAAGAAGAAGGAGUCUGUGGACGCCGGCGACGACGGCGAAGAGGUGGCGGCCGCGUCGGCAGCUGCCCCCAUCGCAUACGGCCGGGAGUGAAGGGCGGAGACCGGAGAAGUCACCCCAUGAACCUCCCCGGCCAUGACGAGGGGGUCGAAAUGGCCGUGACGACCCCCGUCUGAGUGAAGACUCUCCCUGACUGUGACGACCCCCAUCCGAGUGAAGUCUCUCCCUGACUGUGACGACCCCCGUCUGCGUGAAGUCUCUCUCUGACCGUGACGACCCCCGUCUGAGUGAAGUCUCUCUUUGACCGUGACGACCCCCGUCUGAGUGAAGUCUCUCCCUAACUGUGACGACCCCCGUCUGAGUGAAGUCUCUCCCUGACUGUGACGACCCCCGUCUGAGUGAAGUCUCUCUCUGACCGUGACAACCCCCGUCUGAGUGAAGUCUCCCUGACCGUGACAACCCCCGUCUGAGUGAAGUCUCUCCCUGACCGUGACAACCCCCGUCUGAGUGAAGUCUCUCUCUGACCGUGACGACCCCCGUCUGAGUGAAGUCUCUCCCUGACCAUGAUGACCCCCGUCUGAGUGAAGUCUCUCUCUGACCGUGACGACCCCCGUCUGAGUGAAGUCUCUCUCUGACCGUGACGACCCCCGUCUGAGUGAAGUCUCCCUGACCGUGACGACCCCCGUCUGAGUGAAGUCUCUCCCUGACCGUGACGACCCCCGUCUGGGUGAAGUCUCUCUCUGACUGUGACGACCCCCGUCUGAGUGAAGUCUCCCUGACCGUGACGACCCCCGUCUGAGUGAAGUCUCUCCCUGACUGUGACGACCCCCGUCUGAGUGAAGUCUCUCUCUGACCGUGACGACCCCCGUCUGAGUGAAGUCUCUCCCUGACUGUGACGACCCCCGUCUGAGUGAAGUCUCUCCCUGACUGUGACGACCCCCGUCUGAGUGAAGUCUCUCCCUGACUGUGACGACCCCCGUCUGAGUGAAGUCUCUCCCUGACUGUGACAACCCCCGUCUGAGUGAAGUCUCUCCCUGACUGUGACGACCCUCGUCUGAGUGAAGUCUCUCUCUGACUGUGACGACCCCCGUCUGAGUGAAGUCUCUCUCUGACUGUGACGACCCCCGUCUGAGUGAAGUCUCUCUGACUGUGACGACCCCCGUCUGAGUGAAGUCUCUCUCUGACCGUGACGACCCCCGUCUGAGUGAAGUCUCUCCCUGACUGUGACGACCCCCGUCUGAGUGAAGUCUCUCUCUGACCGUGACGACCCCCGUCUGAGUGAAGUCUCUCCCUGACUGUGACGACCCCCAUCUGAGUGAAGUCUCUCCCUGACUGUGACGACCCCCGUCUGAGUGAAGUCUCUCCCUGACUGUGACGACCCCCGUCUGAGUGAAGUCUCUCCCUGACUGUGACAACCCCCAUCUGAGUGAAGUCUCUCCCUGACUGUGACGACCCCCGUCUGAGUGAAGUCUCUCUCUGACUGUGACGACCCCCGUCUGAGUGAAGUCUCUCUCUGACCGUGACGACCCCCGUCUGAGUGAAGUCUCUCCCUGACCGUGACGACCCCCGUCUGAGUGAAGUAUCUCCCUGACCGUGACGACCCCCGUCUGAGUGAAGUCUCUCCCUGACCGUGACGACCCCCGUCUGAGUGAAGUCUCUCUCUGACCGUGACGACCCCCGUCUGAGUGAAGUUUCUCCCUGACCGUGACGACCCCCGUCUGAGUGAAGUAUCUCCCUGACCGUGACGACCCCCGUCUGAGUGAAGUCUCUCUCUGACCGUGACGACCCCCGUCUGCGUGAACUCUUCAGGCACUGCUGUCUUAAUGAUUUAGGCCUGGUGGCUUCAUGGGGGGCCGGGGUUUGUGUUGAGGCACCCUGAAGAUGAGUGUGUGGCUGACUGGAGCUGGGUAGAUAUCUUCAAAUGGCGCUGUGGGCUGCGGUCGUUGUUGAAGCACCUCUGAGGUCACGGGUUCAAACGUCGGAGCCUUCGUGCUCUCACGCUUACUGAUGGCUGCACUGGGGUGGCUAAGUCAGGAGCGUCCAGGUUCUGAGUUCAAUCCGACGUAGGGGCCAAUGUAAAAUGAUUGAAAUUUUCAAGACCGUCCCCUGCACCCCCAUCACCAGAUCCGCCUCCGUGGAAGCCUGUGUCUGACUGUGCAGCCAGCAACCUUAGACACAUAGGUUCAGUUCCUGGAGCUGGUGGAACCUCACUGGGCUGGGACUGAGCCACUCCAACUGACCUGAUCGGUUCACGCUCUGAGGACUUGAACUCCGAACCCCAGUCUAAUGCACAUUGCAUUGUAUGCAGAGACUCGCUCACACAUUAUUCUUCAUAUUUUAACAUGUAGCAUUGUGUUACGUUGCUUAAAUGAGCAUACGGGGCUUCUUCCAUCAGAUUACCGUUAGGUUUUAUUAGUAGCUACAAGGUUUAUACGUGUAACCUUAACAGCAGGCUGUAAACUUAGAGCUGGCAUGAAACCGUGGGUCAUUGUUGCAAAGCUACAUUGUCCAAAAUAGAAAUCGCUUCCAUGUCAUUUGAAGUCAUUAGCACAGAGUGUUACGUGUAAAAAUAAUUGUAUUAAAAAAGAUAAACGAAUGGUCAUUAAUCUGGCUUCAUAAGGUGCAGCGGCAGACCAGUGCUGUUAGCAAGCACCUGUUAAGGCCGGCGAUGCACGUGACCUGGGUGGUGUGGCGAGCACCACGCCCAGCCACCUUUAUCUCCCCAGCGCUGAUGUUUAGGCAGUGUUGACCUCAGCGGAGGUCAUGGACAGGUUGAGAUACCACUCGGUUGACGUUGUGCACAUACAGAAAUCGAAGCCAGGUCACGGGGGCCACAGAGCCGUGCGCUAACAGCUGCACCACUGCUCCUCAUACAUUCGGGAUGACUUUUCUCAUUUACAUACUUCGGAUGCAAAAAUAAAUUCAGAUCUUUUUUUUAUAAAAAUGUUGGGUCCUUUAUUAGUUUUAGGGACCAUUUUCAGAUUUUUAAGAAUAAGUUUGGGUCUGUUAUCAGAUGUAGGGACCGUGUGCGUGACGUAAUCAUUUAAUGCACGAGAGGGCACGGGAUUCACGUCAUGUGACCUCCUCUCCUGUGAUGUCAUACACAUCCUAAAUACAUAUAUAUAUAUAACAACACGUAUAUCCGUUUCGCCACAUAAAAUAUAAAAGUAUUUCUUACAUAACCCACCAGCCACCACAGCCUCUUGGGAGUGAGUCAUUGACCAGUUUGGACAUCCAGUGUCUCGUCAGGAAUAAUACGCGCACACACAUAUAGAGUGAGUGUCGAACAUAUGGAAGAUAUAUGGAAGGAUAUAUGUUUUCAAGUUGUAGUGUAGUUAUAGGUUAGACAGAUCGAUCUAUAUAUAUGGGUUUUAUAUAUAUGUGGCAGUACGGCACGUGAGGGCAGGUGAUGGGGCCAUCCUUGUCUCCCUCAAUGCUAAUGGCGACUUCUUUUCACCAGGUAUUAAUUUAAGGCUGAGUAGAACUAGGGGAGAUACAGGGCAGGGUCAGAUGCCACACACAUGUCCGGAAAUCAAAACCCAGGAAUCGCAAAGCAGAGUGCAAACCGCUGUGCCACCGCUCCAAAGACAACUGACUUUUGGGGAAAGUGCUGUUAGUGAGCACCUAUGAAGGAUGGCACAGAACACGAGGGGGUGGGUGGGUGGCCAGCACCACGCCUGGCAGUCUUUGUCUCACGUUUUUUACACACAUAUAUAGGCGAUUUUUGUUGUUCAAGAGCCAAGGAUACAGCAGGAAUAUCAGAGAAAGGGCGAGAGACUGCUUAACACGCGACCUAUAUCAUCGAUAAUAUAGGUAUUUUUGGGUUAUAUUGUGUAAAUACCACGUGCGUUCAAGCCGAGUCCAGUUACAGUCAACCUGCUCAACUGACCAAUGGCGUGACGCUCAUCUCCAUUGGUGGCACCAAGCCGAUGGUGGAAAUUCCACGUUCCUAUGGCGGUGGGGGGGGGGGGGGCAAGGGGGAGCAAAAUCUUCAUGGGAUGGACUUAAAUGUUGACCUUCCCACAAAGUGAUUACUCAGUUUAUCAACAUCGGCUCAGCCGACCCCUGAAUGGGAAUUUAACUUGCAUGCUUCCCGUUGUGAGUCAAACCACCAAAAGCACAGAUAAUAAUAACAACAACAAACUCAACACAUCCGCCACAAUGUCUCCCCACCACAAGUUGAGUUUAAUGUAGAAAGUGUUAAGGUCGGACCCCGGAGAGGAAGCCCUCGCAUUGUAAACUUCAACAACUUUCUCACACUGGGGGCUAAAUAGAGGACACCGGAUUUACGUGGCCGCGUGUCAACUACGCUCUAGUCUGGAUUAUAAUACCAAUCCCAAUGACCGCCAUUCACCCCUGCGAUGUGUCACCACGGCGCCUGUGCCAGGCCGGACACACCUUGAGGCCACGUGAAGUGUCGCAGGCUCGCUGACAGGAGGUCACGGGACAGACCCCAGCAAAGUGCCAUGGGGUUGGCUGAGAUGACUAGCAGAUGCACCAGCUGUGCCCCCCAUACUGUGCCAACUUUGCUGCAUGAGGAUUAUAAUAAGCCCAUAUUCCCACCUGUGUUAGAAAGAAGAAGUCGAGGGUGCAUCUUAGACGUGUGCGUGUGUGAGUUCAACCCAGACUCGUGGAAAAUAAGAAUAGGUUUUACCCUUUCUGGCAACCACAAGAGGUGUUAAGAUGUUCAAACACCACAAAUGCCUGUUGCAAGGGAUCGAAGUCUGCAUUAACCACAAGUGCUUGCGGUAAACAUGCAAACAAACAUGCUCUGAUACUUAGAAAAGCAUUGUCUUUGAAACUGAUCGGCGUACACCAGAGAACCUUCUUCAUGACCUAGUUCUUACCAUAAAGUCACGUAGAAGGGAAAUAAUAAAAUUAUAAAAAUACAACGUAAUAAAAUAAAAUUCUCACGACGUUGUGACUUUACCGAAAGAACCAAGAAUAUGAAUCCCUGCAGUCACGAAAGCUUAAAUCGAAAUGUAGUUCUUACCAGUUUCAGACGAGAGAACAGCGCCAAGAGACGAACAGUACAAAGACGACGCACAGAACAUUUAUAGCUCGGGGUGAGCAACUGCAUUGACACGGGACACAAGAUUGGAAGGGGGGUGGGGGGUGCGUUUCACUUCCUCAGAGUGUCAAUCAAUCAGCAAAAUACGGCGCAGUUCUAAACCAUUGUGUGUACAUUGCAGCAAAUUAGCAUAAGAUGCUGUUCUACGACGUUUAUUUCAGUAUUGACGUGAUUGUACCUCUUAGCCGGAUUAAUAUAAGAUUCUAGAUUAAACCUAAUUCCUGUACAUUGUUUUCCAAUAAACUAUUUGUGUAAGCAGUUCUGUACUUAACUGCACGUCGCAUAAAUAUCUCAAUGAACGGUGAUGCUCUGGUUUGUCAGAUCACUUGUUAAUCCAUUACUUAAUUCAACAACAAUAUUCGUUUACUAUUUAGGAAAGAACUAAUAUAUAUACGAUAUACCAUGACAAUAACAAUGACACCAUAAUGUGAUUUUAAGUAAUGAACAAAAAGUUAUGCAGGAUAAGUGUUUGGAAAUAUGUUGUUGUUUGUAAAGAGAAGCCCUUUGAGAUGCGAUUUUUAUAUUGCGUGAACAUUGUAUGUUUUACAACUAUUUAGAUGCCUGACAUAUGUAAUAAGCAAUGUACAUUUAAUGAAAGUUGUAUUGUUUGUCACGUUCACUCUUUUUAACAUUUGUUUUCUUUUUUACAUUUGUCUUGCAAGCAAAAAACUAAUUUACGUUUUAGAAACGUAAGUUUUACCAAGCCUUGUAAGAGAGUGUGGAUUUUUUUAAGUUUUGCUUUUUAAACGAACCUUAUCAAAUAAAAUCUCAUCUGACU